AUGGCUGAUGAGACAGCGAAAGCCGCAAAUGCUUUUCGGAUAGCAUGUACCACCGUCUCUCAUGAUUUCUCUGCGGAGAAGCACAACAAAACCCCAAUGACCAUUGUACGUCGCUUUGCGCUGACCAAGCGCCCCUGUAUCCGCCUCGGACCUCCACCAGAACGCAAUUGCUCGUACAAUCACCCACAUUGCCAACCAAGUUUCCUCUAUACGAUACGACGACCACAAGAACAAGAACCCCAAGGCAAUCAUUCCUCAAUUCUGCCCACAAUGGCAAGUCCCACCCCGCCAACCACAUCCGAACCCUCCUCCUCCUACACGGACCCCACAUUCUCCCUCCUCAACAGUACAUGCCUCGACUUCCUCUUAAUCGAGCUCGUCCCCAUGGCUUACCGCAUAACCGCCGAUCUUGCCGCCCGAGAAGACGAAUGGAUACACGGGUCUUCCUCUGCAGCACGGCCGAAGCGGAAUUCCAGCACAAGCAAUGACGCGUCCAGCACAACGGCUGGCACAGUACGAGGGGGCGCCGGGACAGACGGGGGGCCUGUGGGCGGGACGGCGACGAUAGAUGAGGAGGAGGCACGGGAGGCGGUGUUUCAUCGAUUGGAGAGUUUGGGGUACAGAGUGGGUUUGGGGGUUGUGGAACGGUUCUCCCGCGACGCACCACGACCAACUGCGCCCUUGGAUGCUAUCAAGUUCCUUUGCAAAGAUCUAUGGACGUUGCUCUUCCGCAAGCAGAUCGAUAACCUCAAGACAAAUCAUCGUGGCAUCUAUGUGCUCACGGAUAAUACGUUCAAACCACUCACGCGAAUGAGCUUUGAUACCAAAAAAUUUGAUGCGGCAAUGCAGGCAGCGCUGGUAGCACAGACUGGGGAUGUAGCAUUAGGUCGGGACGCGAAUAGUCAAGCGCGAGUGCAGCCCUUUCUCUACUUCCCGGCAGGUCUUAUAAGGGGAUGUCUGGCCUCUCUGGGAAUAACGGCGACCGUCACUGCGGAGUCAUUAGCGUUACCUGGCGCGACUUUCCAAAUACGAACAGCGGGAGCCAAGAAUUGA